CUCUCUUUCAUCACCUUCACGUCCCUUUAUUCCUCCCCUCCUCUUAUUCCACCGGAGCAUCUCUCUCCUUCUGCUCUCCUUUCCUUCUCCACCGCCCAUUUCUUCCCAGCCAUUAAUCCUGACCACUCACCGCACCGCCGCCUCAUCAUCGCAUCGUCCCGCUGCGCUUUUCCGCAUUUUUCUUUUUUUUUUUUUUUUCUUUAACAUUUUUUUUCUUAAGGGCGCGAAAACCGGAACAUUUGUAUUUUUAUACAUUUACUUAUUUUUAAAUUUUAUUUCCUGGACUACACAAAGUUUCCCCCCGCAGCCCUCGGCCCCCCUCCCUCCUCAUCACCAUGGCGAGCGCCGAGGAUAAAGCGGCCAGCAAGGAGAGCGCGUCCAGCUGGAAGGACUCCAUCUACAACCCGAGGACCGGGGAGCUGCUGGGGCGCACGGCCAGCAGCUGGGCCCUCAUCCUGCUCUUCUACCUGGUCUUCUACUGCUUCCUGGCCGGCAUGUUUGUCCUCACCAUGUGGGUGAUGCUGCUCACGCUGGACGACUACGUGCCGAGGUACAGGGACCGCAUCCCCAGCCCAGGACUGGCGAUCCGGCCAAACUCUUUGGACAUCUCCUUCAACAGAUCUGACCCGCAGAAGUAUUCGCAGUACGUCCGAAACCUGGAGUCUUUCCUUCAGAGAUACAAUGACACGGAGCAGGAGGGAAACACAAACUGUUCUCCAGGAGAGUACACCCUGCGGGAGGAAGGGGAAGGAAUGUUGCAGAAAGCGUGCCGCUUCAGGAGGGCGCUCCUGAGUUUCUGCUCCGGCCUGUCUGACACUAACUUCGGAUACCAUGAAGGAAAACCCUGUGUGCUGCUCAAAAUGAACCGGAUCAUUGGCCUGAAGCCCGGCGGGGAUCCCUACAUCAACUGCACUGUCAAAAAAGAGAACCCGAUCCAAAUGCACUAUUUCCCCAAAGAGGGACGCUUUGACAAGAUGUAUUUCCCCUACUAUGGCAAGAAAGCCCAUGAGAACUACGUGGAGCCGCUGGUGGCUGUGAAGCUUCUGUUCACCAAGGAGGACUAUAACAAGGAGCUGGCUGUGGAGUGCAAGGUGAACGGCUCCAACCUUUUGAACAACGACGACAGGGACAAGUUCCUGGGCCGCAUCACCUUCCGGAUCAAGGUGGUGGAGUAAAAGUGAUCCGGAGGCGGAUCAGGGCAGCGCACCUUGUCGGCCCCUGAAUUUACAAACAGAUUUGGGAUUACGAAAAAAUGUUAAAAAUUAAAUUAAAAAAACGAAGGAAGUGUCAAAUAUGUCACAAAGAUUAUUAUUUCAUCUCUCUUUCUGUUCUGGGUCUGGUAUAGAUGUUUGACGCCUCCAGCAGAGGAAGCCGCUUGGUGUCAGAUGUUGCUUUGAUGACCUUCCUGACUCUUUUUUCCAUCUGAUUUCUUGCUGAUGUUCUCAGAACAAGUUUCUGAACCAGAUCCUUUCCAUUCCCUGUUGCACACCGUUCAUCCCUCUCUUAGCUCAGAUCCCAUCUUUUUUCUUUUCUUUUAGCGCUGAUGUGAUUUAAUAACCUAUAGCCAUUGGAGCCAAGCUAUUUGGAGCUGUCGUGUGUAAUUGCUGAUACUUCUUUCUUUUAAUUUGUAACCCUCCUCCUGUCAGAAUGAGUGUUUCCACCUCUGAAUCUGUGAGCAGGACCUCGUCGAUGCCGGUGUUGCGAGGACGUGGGAUCUUGCUGUAUGUAGAGCUGUAGGACAUGUCCAGUGUAUCUUUCAUCUCAAAAGACUUCAUCAAGUCUUGAUACUCGAGUAUAGCCAAUGUAUCCUUGUAUAUGAAAUGCCAACUCCAAACGCCCUUUUAACUAUAAAUACAUAGUGAACUUAAGCAUAUUUAGGGAACUAUAGGUAGAAAUUGGUCUUGCGGCUCACCAAGCUGCAGGCCAGUCUUGUGCCGUCCGUCUGUCUGUCUGUCUGUGUGUCUGCAUGUGUGUUUGUCCGUCCUUCUGUCUGUCUGCCUGUCUUCAUGUUUGUCCACCUCUUGCAGCCGAUUGGGUGAGUGCCUCCAGGAGCGGGCGAGCUGCGUUGCCCAGGGCGGCGGGGUGUGUGUGGACGGUGAGGGUUUGCUGUUUUGAGGCGGAGAGAAAUAACUUCACUGCAAUAUGUACUGUAUGUCUCUACGUGAUCUGUAUAUCUAUCUGGGUCUCAAAGAUUGUUUGUUUAGCUUACUCUCUUCUUCAGCCUGUUUAUCUGAUUGUCUACUGAUCUAUUACUCUUUAAUGUACAUAUAUAUAAAUAUAUUCACACACACACACACACACACACAAUAUCUACCAUAUUUACUGAAGUCACACUGUAUUUUUGGUCACCAAACAUAAUGUCUGUGCACUGUAAAGAAAUAUAAUUUAAGCAAAGAUUUACAAAAGAUUAUCUUAUUCAAAGCUAUGUUUACACAGUCUUAAAAGGAGCCCCUAUUUAAAGGAACAACCUGUAACAUCUCUUCAGGGUGCCUUAAGACCUGAUGAAAUAAAUUGUGAUUUUGAAGAAAAAAAAAAAAAAAGCCUGAUUUGUUGUU